AUGGCAGUUCGCGAUCAAUUGACAGCUUUGCUGUCAUGCUUAUUGCUUCUUGUCCUUGGCAAUCCCUUCAUCGGCAGAGUUCACGCCGAGCCCCAGGCCCAAGAUGAGUCCAUUCUCCACGGCGAGAUGGCCAGAAUAAACAACCAGAGCCUGCUAUGGGGCCCGUAUCGCCCCAAUUUGUACUUUGGUAUUCGCCCUCGCUUGCCCAAGAGUAUCAUGACUGCGUUGAUGUGGGCAAAGGUCGACAACUACAAUGAUGUCCAGAACAGCUUCCGGUACACUUGCGAGCAGAACGAGGGCAUGGCCGGUUAUGGCUGGGAGGAGUACGAUACCAGGAAAGGCGGCGUCCAGACCAUUCACGAUACCCAGAACAAGAUCGACGUCACAACCUCAUUCGUUAAAAUUCCUGGUGGUGGUCACGGCGGCAGCUGGGCUGCGCGUAUCAAGGGUGAGCCCCGAGAGGACGCCCCCGACGACCUAAAGACGACCUUGGUCUUCUACGUAACCUCGGAGCCCCGCUGGGAAGAGAUCGAGGUCGCAGCUGACGGAGACGACAACGGCUUCCCCGGCGAUGUGACCCUCUUGGGAAGCUCUGAGGCCCUCGGCAACUGGAAAAUCGUUGUCACCAAGGGCACUGGGGAGCAUCCUGAGAGCAACCACCCCAUCACCAGCCGGGACUCGGAGAAGACUACAGUGCAGUCAAUUGCUGUCCCGGACGAGCAUCUAUGGAGAGCUCGGGAUGUGCUUUUCUCACAGCUGAAGCAGGGUGUUGAUGCUAUCGUCGGAGAGUUUGGUACCGAUCACGCACCACCUCCUUGGCAAACAUACCAGCUCCCGAACCAGCCUGGAAAGGGUAACGUGCAGAUGAUCCAGAAGAUCUUCGAAGGCCCCUUUGAGUUUGAUAUCCUAUUCACCAGCGGCUCCGCUGGCAAGGACGUGACGAGCGGCGACCUGACACGAGAGAUCAGAUCGACCACGGAAGCUUUCAGCGAGAAAUACCUGGACGUCUUCACCCCGCAGGCACCAUUCGAUGCUCAGAAAUACCAGAAGUUUGGGCGUAGCAUGCUCUCCAACCUUGCCGGAGGCAUUGGCUACUUCUAUGGAAAUCACAUUGUUGACCGAUCAAAUGCCCCCGAGUACGAGGAGGAAAACGAAGGCUUCUGGGAGGACACUGCCGAGGCCAGAGCUCGUCGCCAGGAGCAAUCUGAAGGCCCCUACGAGCUGUUCACCAGCAUUCCAUCCAGGCCCUUCUUUCCCAGAGGCUUCCUCUGGGAUGAGGGCUUCCACCUCAUGCCUAUCAUCGAGUGGGAUACUGAUCUAACCAUGGAAAUCGUCAAGAGUUGGUACAAUCUCAUGGACGAGGACGGCUGGAUUGCGCGCGAGCAGAUUUUGGGAGACGAAGCUCGCAGCAAGGUGCCUGCCGAGUUCCAGGUGCAAUACCCACAUUACGCCAACCCACCGACACUCUUUUUGAUCAUUGAAAACUUCCUCGAAAAGCUUCAAAAGGCCAACGGAACCCUGGCCUCAAGCAAAGAGACGCUCUCUCAGCAAGGCCUUCACCAUGAAAGCGCCCUUCUUGCAAAUCCUUCCUUUGGACUGAAAUAUCUGCAAGAGAUCUACCCCCUCCUGCGACGCCAGUUUUACUGGUUCAAGAAAACACAAUUUGGGGACAUCAAGUCGUACGAACGUGAGGCAUAUUCGAGUAGGGAGGGCUACCGGUGGCGCGGUAGGUCAAUUCAGCACAUUCUGACCAGUGGGCUGGACGACUACCCCCGAGCUCAACCACCGCACCCUGGUGAGCUCCACCUCGAUUUGAUCUCGUGGGUAGGCUUGAUGGCAAAGACCUUGAACACUAUCGCAACGGCCAUUGGCGAAGAAGCAGAUGCCAAGGACUAUGCCGCUGUUCUCAAUAACAUUGAGCACAACCUCGUAGAUCUUCACUGGUCGGAAGAACAGGAAUGCUUCUGCGAUGCCACCAUUGAUGCUUUCGAGGAGAAUCAGCUUGUCUGCCACAAGGGAUACGUCACCCUCUUCCCCUUCUUGACCGGCCUGCUGAAGCACGACGACCCCAAGCUCGGCAGUCUCCUCAAGCUCAUCGGCGACGAAGACGAGCUGUGGAGUUCGUUUGGUCUCCGCAGCUUGAGCAAGAAUAGCGAAUUCUAUGGCACAGACGAGAACUACUGGCGAAGCCCGAUUUGGAUUAACAUGAACUACCUCGCCAUCGUGCAGCUCUACAACGUCGCACGCCUGGAUGGCCCCUACAGGUCCCAGGCCACUGACCUCUACUCUCGUCUUCGUGCCAACAUCGUCGACAAUGUGUACAACAGCUGGGAGGAGACCGGCUUUGCUUGGGAGCAGUACAACCCAGAGACGGGCAAGGGUCAACGCACACAGCACUUCACGGGGUGGACAAGCCUGGUCGUCAAGAUCAUGGCCAUGCCCGAUCUAGCUGCGCCCACACCGGGCUCUGGUGUUCCCAAACCUGGGCACGAUGAGCUGUGA